CUCAAAUAUGUUAAGUAAUGCUGCUUAUUGGUUCGGUCAGCUCUGGGGCCCGAAAGCGCCGAAUGCCGAGUCUGAAGUAUAAAAGUAAACCCUCUGCUGAAUUGCUUUUGUUGUUUUAUUUUGUUUCUUCCUUACAUUUAUUUUCUAUACCUCUCUCAAAAUGGAUUACUUGGAUACUCUUAUUAGAAAAAAUGCCCCUAUUCAUAAAGCUGUGGAGCUCAUCCAAAAGUUUCCAGUAACACAUAAAUUGAGUGACAUGUAUAAUCGUUCCUCAAGAAAUGAACUCUGGUUAGUUGGUAUCGCUACUUUUGUUACUUUAUACAAUAUUUCCGCCUAUAUCAAAGAAAAGCGUCAAAAGCUUAACCUACCUCCCGCUGUACCCUUUGGAUUACCUUUGUUUGGACAUACUUUAUAUUUGAUGUUUAUGCCACAAAAAUUCCUCGAUUGGUGUAACAAAAAUUAUGGCGAAGUUUAUAACCUCACACUCCAAGGACAAGUUGUUACUAUUACAAGCGGAAAAUCAGCUGAAGAAGCCUUUAAGACAAAGAAUACUGUCUUAUCUUUAGAUCAAGGAACUGUUAGAGAUGUUCUUCAUCUUGAUUAUGUCUUUAAUGAGGAAACUAUGGAUAUCGGAAACCACAUUAAUCCUUCUAUUGCUAAAUCUGUUAUUCCAAGCUCGAAGAUGUCUAGCUUUGUUCCUGAUGUACAAGAAGGAUUAAAUAACGCGUGUAAUGUAUUGCUUGGAAAGAAAGUUAACACCCAUCAAGACCCCAAUCGAUUCCUCCAAAGCUUUGUCGGUUACAUGAGUGUUCCUGGUUUAGUCGGCCAUGAGUUCGGUCUCAAUAAUGAAAUUAUUAAUUCCUUCGCCAACUUUACUGGAGAUGUCAUUCAAAACGUUCCUCUGUUCAUGUUCGUUCCCAAAUUCUUGCACAAAUUCGUCUUACCGUACGUUCAACAAGUUAGCAAACAUGAAGAUGUUAUGCUGAAAUAUAUUGCGCCUUUUGUUCGUGAACGCCGCGAAAAGAUGAAGCUCCUUGAACAAGCUGGAGAGGAACAUGAUUACGUACAGAACUUUUUACAAGGGCUUAUCGAAUAUGAGUUAAUUGAUGAAAACGGUGUCAAGUCCCAACUGUCUCCCGAGCAAAUCUCUAGAUCCAUUUUGAUGAUCGCCUUUGCCUCUGUCCAUACUACCUCUACGAAUUUAAAUCACGGUAUCUUCUGGUUACUUGCUCGCCCUGAUCUCAAAGCAUUGUUAAUGGAGGAAAUCGACCGUGUUCUUCCCAAUAAUGCCCCCAUCACCCAUGAUGCUUUAGGCCAAAUGAAAUUCUUAAACAACUUCACUCGUGAAAUCCUUCGCCAAGGUGCUGAUUAUUUGUCUACCGGUAAAAAGGCCAUGGUGGACUUUACCUUUGCUAAUGGUUAUCAAGUGCCUAAGGGUCGUGUUGUUGGAUUUAACAUGCGUCAAGUGAAUUUUGGUGAUAACAGUUCUAGAUGUUCUCUGGAAGGAAUGGAUCCCAAUAUGUCUUUCAACAAACUCACUACUACACCUGCAAAGGAUUUUAUUUCAUUUGGUGCUGGUAAACAUAUUUGUCCAGGUCGAUUCUUUGCUAUUCAAGAAAUCCAAAUGUCGCUUAUUUAUCUUUUUAGAAACUAUGAUAUCAACACUGCUAGUGGAAAGCCUCCUAAAGUAUUAAAUACUAUUGCCGGUUAUAUGUCAACCACUUGCGAGGAUGCCUUAGUAUUCACACGUAAAGAUUAACAUUGUCCCGCCCUUGUAAUAAUAAAAAUCACCCAAAUGUAGCUUAUCUAUAAUCCUUAAUAUUUUUUUAUUGGGUAUUAGUACAGACCCAGUCAUCCAGAUGUUUGUGGGCCGAAGCUACCAAGUCCUAGCAAAUUCAUAAGAUUUUACCAUACCACUAAUAAACUUGUAUUUUCCCC